GUGUGAAACGUCAAACGUCAGUAAUUCAUUUGCAGAAGCCAAGAUGGGGAUUGAGUUAUGUAGAGUUGUAGUCGGAUGUUUUUAUAUAGUGAAUUAUUGGCUAUAAAAAUGUUUUUGUGUCUAAAAUUGUGACAAUAACGUUUGUGGAUAAUUUUAAUGGCAUUUUUUCAAGACUCUUGAAGUUUUAAGUUAAGACAUGGACGGGCAGCGCGCGUUGGAAAUGAUGCCCCUUCUUCAGGAGCGGCUGGUGAUACUUACCGGUGGACGGGAUCGCCGAGGAGGGCCGGUUUUGUCGUUUCCUGCCAAUCCUCGGCGAGAACGGGCCAAACCUGAAGAUUACAGAAAGGUUUUGCAGUAUUUGAUGUCCAUACCAAGUGAUGAAGCGCGAGGAUUGGGUUUCACGGUUCUAGUGGAUAUGAGAGGAUCAACGUGGUCGACCGUCAAACCUAUCCUGAAGGCAUUGCACGAGCACUUUCCACCUGGCACAAUCCAUCAAGCACUCAUCGUCAAGCCUGAUAAUUUCUGGCAAAAGCAGAGGACAUCGCUUGGUUCACAUAAGUACAAAUUUGAGACAAAUAUGAUAAGUAUAGAAGCUUUGCCAAAAAUAAUAGAUAGUAGUCAACUGACAUCUGACUUAGAAGGUACUUUGUCUUAUGAUCAUGCUCACUGGCUGGAAGUUAGAUUAGCCAUUGAAGAGUUCGCUUGGCAAGCCGCUGACCUGCUUGAUAGACUGGACGAUUUGCAGGAGGACUUAGCUAGGAACGACUUCGCUGAAGACGUUAGUGGCGCCAAACACAAAAUCGACCUACAUAAUGAAAUGAAGAAGAAAAUUAUGAAGGCACCAGUUGAUGAUAUCGAUUUAUUAGGUCAGCGUCUACUACAAAAAUCUUGCGGGCUCGACACCGGUCAAGGUGGUGGUGGAGGAGGAGGAGGCGGUGGGGGAGGCGGCGGGCGUGAACCAGAAUCUCCUAGCAAUACGAACUCAGAACUCUUAGGUACCAAAAACUUAGUUUUACAAAAUUUAGAGGCAGUUCACUCGUCACAACAACAUCUACUUCAACUGUGGCACCAUAAAAAGCUCAAGUUGGACCAGUGCUUUCAGUUGAGGUUGUUCGAACAGGAUUGUGAAAAAAUGUUCGAGUGGAUUUGCCAUAACAAAGACGUCUUCCUUCUUAACUAUGUAGAAAUAGGCCAUACUUACCAAUUAGCCAAGCAGCUUCAAGAAGAGCACCAGCAUUUCACGAUGAGCUCCAUGAACGUUUACGUGAACAUCAAUCGUAUACUUUCGGUCGCGUCGCGUCUAAUCGAAGGCGGCCAUUAUGCCGCCUCGCAUAUUCGCUCGGUCGCCGGACGUUUGGAUCGUACGUGGAAGGAUUUCGCGGCUGGGCUAGAUGAAAGAACUGCAGUGUUGGCAUUGUCUGUGAUUUUCCACCACAAGGCGGAACAAUACGUGGAGAACGUGCCUUCAUGGAAAUCUGCAUCUGAAACUGGAAAUAUCCCUUCAGAAAUAAUGAUGCUAGAAAACUCUAUACACCAACAUCAAAAUCUAUACGAAUCUAUGUGCCAGGCGUACACAGAGGUUCAUAGUACCAGUAAGAAACUACUUUAUCAGUUGGAUCAUUUGGUGCAAGUCUGCAACCAACCUGGAAAGGAUAAAAAACAUGGCGAGGGAACAAAAUUCGAAAACCGACCGGGUGGUAAUCCUGCCGCCGACUACAGUGAAGGAGCUAGUCAUGUUUUAGCAGUUAUACACCAAAUAUUGAACCACCACCGAGCACUAGAACAAAAAUGGCAUGCAAAGAAAAUCAAACUACAUCAAAGACUGGCGUUGAGAUUGUUUCAAGAAGAUGUGAAACAGGUGUUGGAUUGGUUAGCAAACCACGGUGAAGUAUUCAUCAGAAAGAAUACAGGUAUUGGGCGAAAUCUUCAAAAAGCCAGAGUCUACCAAAAGAGUCACGAACAUUUUGAAAACGUCGCACAGAAUACUUACACCAACGCCGACAAGCUUCUGGCCGCUGCUGAGGAACUCGCUCAUACGGGCGAAUGUGAUCCCGACGAGAUUUAUUCAGUAGCCCAUGAACUGGAGGCUCACGUGACUUCUUUCGCUGCUAGAGUCGAACAAAGGAGGCGAAGGCUAGACUUAGCAGUACUAUUUUACACGCACGAGAAGGAUCUUAGCAAUUGGGUGGAUGAUCUCAGACAGGAGUUGCAAAAUGAUGAAAGCGUGGCUGAAAGCCUAGAAGCAACAGAGCGGCUCCUGGAACAAACUGCCCAGCAUCGCGAACAAAGCCUUGACGCUUGUGCAUCGACAAUUGCACAAGGGGAGGCAUUACUUCAAGAACUGCGGUCCAUCGCGGAAAUGGACACAACUGGUUCAGUAGCUGCAAUAGAAUCUGCUCUGGACCGAUUAGCGAAACAAAGAAACGAUCUCGAAGAAUUGUGGGCUGCCAGAAAACUCCGUUUAGAUCUGUGCCUGAGAUUGCGGUUGUUCGAAAGGGACGCUUUAGAAGUAUCCUCCCAGCUGGAGAUGUGGUCUGAGGAAUUACAACAUAGCGAACUAACCAGAGAUAUUCCGAAGGCUGAGCAGUUUUUAAGAUUGCACAACGAAAGUGUUAGUCAGAUGCAAAAUACGACUUAUCAAGUACUACAACAAGGACAAGAUCUGGUGCAGGUCUUUGAGAAUUCGGGGAUUUGUGUGAUGGCAGAUGCUCAGUAUAAUGCUCAGACAAGGGUUCAAGUCUUACUCGAAUUUCUUCACGAUAGAGAAAUGGAUCUGGAAGAACUAGCUGAAAUGAAGCGCCUUAAACUGGAACAAUGCAUCCAACUCGGUCAGUUCCAAAACGACGCUAACCAAGUCAUUAGUUGGAUAAGAAACGGAGAAUCAAUGUUAAUGGCCAGUUUUACCAUACCCAAUAGUUUAUCGGACGCAGAACUCUUGAAAAAGGAACACGAACAAUUUCAAGUAGCCAUCGAAAAAACACACACGUCAGCUGUUCAAGUGAAACAUCGUGCAGAUACGCUGAUUAACGCGAAUCACUACGACCCCCAAAGUAUCAAAGACAUUUCCGAAGAAGUUACCAAACGAUGGCAACAACUUGUUACUUGCGCGGAAGAGAGGCAUAAGUUGGUGACGGCUAGUUUGAAUUUUUACAAGACCGCCGAGCAGGUCUGUUCUGUCCUUGACAGUUUGGAAAGGGAAUAUAGGAGAGAUGAAGAUUGGUGCGCCACGGGCCAAGGAAACGUUGAUAAAGCCACCGCUAUAUCACAACUGAUCAACAAACACCAGGAACAGAAAGAAGCCUUUCUGAAGGCUUGUACUUUAGCUCGAAGGACUGCCGAAACAUUUUUAAAAUACACCACUCGAAGUCUACAGUUUUAUAAUUACUCGAAUACUAGCGGAAACCACGAAGCUAGAGUUAAGGGAAUAUUGGAGAAGUUGCUGAAUCAGGAGAAUAAGGUGCUAGAGCAUUGGACUCAGAGAAAAAAGAAGUUGGACCAGUGUCAACAGUUUGUUCUGUUUGAAAGAUCUGCCAAACAAGCCAUAGAAUGGAUCCAUGAGACAGGUGAAUGUUAUCUAACGACGCAUGCAACGAAUCUAGGCAACAAUAUCGAAGAAACUGAAAGUUUACUACGUGAACACAACGAAUUUAAAGGAACUGCCAAAGAAACCCGAGAAAGAGUGAAACUGCUCAUUCAGCUUGCCGAUAGUCUCGUUGAAAAAGGACAUGCGCACGCUUGCUCCAUCAAACAAUGGGUUGAAGCUGUCGAUAACAGAUACAAAAACUUUAGUUCUCGAAUGGAAAAUUAUCGACAACAGUUAGAAGAAACGCUGGGCAUUCAAGAAGAAGAAAGCGAAAAAAAGGAGUUGUCUAUCGAUAGAAAUUCGGAUCCUAAUUUGGAAGCCAAAGUCAAAGAAGCCGCUGCCAAAGAAUUAAAAGAAUUAAACGAGGAAAAGAGAAGAUCUGCAAGGAGGAAAGAAUUUAUAAUGGCUGAACUACUACAAACAGAACGUACUUACGUCAAAGACUUGGAAACAUGCAUAACCUGCUUCCUACACGAAAUGAGAAACUCACCAGCAGCAACCGCAUCUUUUCUAUCCAAAGAAAGCAUAAUUUUCGGUAAUAUGGAGGAGAUCUACGAAUUUCACAAUUCUAUAUUCUUGAAAGAACUCGAAAAGUACGAAACGAUGCCUGAAGAUGUAGGCCAUUGUUUUGUAACGUGGGCUCAGAAAUUCGAUAUGUACGUCACUUAUUGUAAAAAUAAACCUGAAAGUAACAGUUUCUUAGUUCAAUAUGGCGGAGGAUUUUUCGAAGAGUUGCAGAAAAAGCACAAAUUAGAACAUCCCAUAGCUGCUUUUUUGAUCAAACCUGUUCAGAGAAUAACUAAGUAUCAGUUACUUUUGAAAGACCUGCAAAGUUGCUGUGAAGAAGGUCAAGGUGAAAUCAAAGAUGGUCUAGAAGUAAUGCUCAAUGUUCCGAAGAAGGCGAAUGACGCGAUGCACUUGUCUCUCCUCGAAGGCUGUGAUAUAUCCGCAGAUAAGUUAGGCGAAGUUGUUCUCCAAGACGCCUUUAGUGUCUGGGAUCCCAAACAACUCAUUCGAAAAGGAAGGGAUCGACAUAUUUUUCUUUUCGAAAUGUAUCUCUUAUUUACCAAAGAAGUUAAGGAUUCGGCUGGAAAAGUCAAGUACAUCUACAAAAAUAAGCUAAUGACCUCAGAAUUGGGCGUCACAGAACACAUGGAAGGGGACGAAUGUAAAUUUGCUGUAUGGACCGGCCGUGCUCCCAUUUCCGACUAUCGUAUUGUACUUAGAGCUUCUUCGCUCGAGACCAAACAAUUGUGGGUGAAGAAGUUGAGAGAAGUAAUACAAGAGACUUACUUUAGCGGAGCCUUGCCAUUGUCACUGCCAAAGAGUCCUGCUAAGCUGAAACCACAUAGCCAAAGAUCCAGUCGGGAUAUGGAGGAGUGCAACUCUCUAGAUGAAAGUGUCGAGAAUUUAGAUCGUAAUUCCUUGACAUCUUUUGGCUCGGGAAACACCACCGACUCCGACAAGGUAAGUUGCAUGUAAACAUUUUGCAACUUCUUUAUCUAUAGCUUCUUUACUGUAUAUAAGACUUAUUUUAUGUAGAAAUAAAAUAAUUUGUUACGAUAUUUAUUAAUAAAUUUUAUUUUUCU